UAAUCUGACACUUCAACUUGCCGAGCUCCACGGUAGUUGAUUCAGUCACUCACUCGCACCGUCUCCGGGGCUCCCACGUCGGUCUUUGUGGAGAGGCAGGCGGCGAGAACGAGAGAGAGAGCGAGAGGAGGAGGGAGGCGGCGUAAACACGAGGUGGUUUUUUUUUUUAGGCUUGAAACAAUACGCGGAUUUGCCACCGAGGUCCGAGCUGAAAAUCGCUGCUUAUAAGGAGGGGAUCAGCGAGGGACCGCGCGCGAGGAAUACAUGAAGGGUGGGUCGGGGGAGGGGGCGGCCACCGCAGCGGCAGUUCCACCAAGGUCAAAGUUCACACAGAAUCAGCUCUGUGAUUGAUGAGGAUUAAGAAGCGGAUUUUGCACUAAUAGGAAACACAGGAGCGUCCUCGUCCACACCGGGUACAGAACUUUUAAUGGCGUCCCGGUAGAGACAUCAAGAUGAACACGUUACCAUCAAUGGACCGGCACAUCCAGCAGACCAAUGACAGGCUGCAGUGCAUCAAACAGCACUUACAGAACCCGGCCAACUUCCACUCGGCAGCCACGGAGCUGCUCGACUGGUGUGGAGAUCCCCGGGCCUUCCAGCGACCUUUCGAGCAAAGCCUCAUGGGAUGUCUGACGGUGGUGAGUCGCGUCGCUGCGCAGCAGGGCUAUGACUUGGACCUGGGCUACAGGUUGCUGGCUGUGUGUGCUGCCAACAGGGACAAAUUCACCCCCAAAUCCGCAGAAACCAGCACCUGCAGGAGAUGUCAGAGUGACUCAGCCCUGCUGUCGUCGUGGUGCGAGGAGCUGGGUCGCCUCCUCCUGCUGCGUCACCAGAAGAACAGGCAGAACGAACCGCAAGGAAAAGUCCCCAUGCAGCCCAGCAUGAGCAGCAUGAAGCCCGGCCUCACGCACAGUGAUGGAUCCUUUCCCUAUGACUCUGUCCCCUGGCAACAAAACACCAACCAGCCCCCUGGGUCGUUGUCUGUGGUGACAACAGUGUGGGGCGUGACCAACACGUCACAGAGUCACGUGCUGGGUAACCCAAUGGUGAACAGCAAUAACCCCAUGAAUCCUGGGGGUAACCCCAUGGGAUCAGGUAUGUCUGCCAGCGCAGCGGGACUCAACUCGCCUCAGUUCAGUGCUCAGCAGCAACAGUUCCCAAACAAAGGAGGCUCCAACCAACAGUACAUGCAGCAGGGCAUGUACAGCAGGCCCGGCUACCCUGGAGGUCCUGGGGGGUACAGCCAAAGUUAUUCUGGAGGCCCAAACGCUCCUCCAGGAGGUAUGGGAAUGACUUCCCACUCGCGUCCUGCCGGUGACUUCACUCAACCGGCUGCUGCUGCUGCGGCAGCUGCCGUCGCUGCCGCCGCCGCCACGGCAACCGCCACAGCGACGGCCACGGUAGCAGCUCUACAGGAAACCCAGAAUAAAGACAUGAACCAGUAUGGACAGAUGUGCUCGUCGUUCCAAAUGGGCCCCGCUCAGGCCUACAACAGCCAGUUCAUGAACCAGCCGGGCCCGCGAGGCCCCCCCGGAGGGAUGAAUCCAGCCAGCAUGGGAUCAGCCAUGGGCAACCCCAACAUGAGUGGCCCUCCCAUGGGCAUGAGCCAGACGCGAAACCCAGGGAUGGGGCCUUUUGGAGCUCACGGCCAAAGGAUGCCACAGCAAGGGUAUCCCGGAGGACCUCGGCAGGGGAUGCCAAUGCAUGGGAAGAAGAGACCGUAUCCCGGGGAGGCAAGUUAUGGGGGUCAGCAAUACGGGCCGGGCAGUCAGUUCCCACCACAGCAGGGACAGUACCCAUCGUCAAAUCCCUCCAGGCCGCUGCCCUCGCCUAACUAUCCCGGCCAGAGGAUGCCAGGGCAGCCGAGCCAGGGGCAGUACCCCCCCGGCAUGCCCAUGGGCCAGUAUUACAAGCAAGAGCCCUUCAAUGGCCAGAGCACCAACUUCUCCGGAGGUGGAUACUCCUACGGUCAAGGCAAUGGGCCCCCAAGGCCCGGUAACUACCCCCACUCCCCUGUCCCUGGAAACCCCACGCCCCCCAUGACCCCAGGAAGCAGUAUUCCUCCGUACCUGUCGCCAAACCAGGAUGUGAAACCCCCGUUUCCACCCGACAUGAAACCAAAUAUGACAGCACUUCCGCCCCCUCCGUCGAACCCCAACGAAGAGCUGCGGCUGACAUUCCCAGUCAGGGAUGGAGUGGUGCUGGAGCCGUUCCGAUUGGAGCACAACCUGGCUGUCAGCAAUCAUGUCUUCCACCUUCGACCCUCCGUCCACCAGACCCUCAUGUGGAGGUCAGACCUCGAGCUGCAGUUCAAGUGCUACCACCACGAGGACCGGCAGAUGAACACCAACUGGCCCGCCUCCGUCCAGGUCAGCGUCAAUGCUACGCCGCUCACCAUCGAGAGGGGAGACAACAAAACCUCCCACAAACCCUUGCACCUGAAGCAAGUAUGCCAACCGGGGAGAAACACCAUCCAGAUCACGGUCACCGCCUGCUGCUGUUCGCACCUGUUUGUGCUGCAGCUGGUCCACAGGCCAUCUGUGCGCUCCGUCCUCCAGGGGCUCCUGAAGAAGAGACUCCUUCCUGCAGAACACUGCAUCACCAAGAUUAAGAGGAACUUCAGCAGCGUGGCCGCCUCGGCAGGCAACACCAUUAGCGGGGAAGAUGGCGUGGAGCAGACAGCCAUCAAAGUGUCGCUGAAAUGUCCCAUCACCUUCCGACGCAUCCAACUACCGGCACGGGGGCACGACUGCAAACAUGUCCAGUGUUUUGAUCUGGAGUCCUACUUACAGCUCAACUGUGAGAGGGGGACGUGGAGGUGUCCUGUGUGCAAUAAAACAGCAUUAUUAGAAGGUCUGGAGGUGGACCAGUACAUGUGGGGAAUCCUCAAUGCCAUACAAAACUCCGAGUUCGAGGAGGUCACUAUAGACCCGACGUGCAGCUGGCGACCCGUCCCCAUAAAGUCUGAGCUACAUAUCAAAGAGGACCCUGACGGACCGCUGGCCAAGCGCUUCAAGACCAUGAGCCCCAGUCAGAUGACCAUGCCCAAUGUGCUGGACAUGAUCGCCCAGCUAGGACCCGGUCCCGGCCCAGGACCCGGCCACGGCCCCGGCCACGGCCCCAGUCCCUACCCCCCACAACAUGGUCAGCAUACAAGUGGCAACGGCGGAGAUUACCCAGGAGCAGGCAACAGUUACCACAGCCAAGGGAACUUUGACUUCCCUCACGGGAACCCCUCUGGUGGUGGAGGCGGCGGAGGUCCCCCUAUGAGUGACUUCAUCCAUGGGCCCCAGCUCUCGCACCCUCCAGAUGGACCCGGGGGUCUCCUCUCGCAGGACAAGCCCCUGAGCCACAGCAUGAAUGACUCAAUGUCCCAUUCCGAUCAGUCCCAUAACUCCAUGCAGCAGAGCUUGCAUGCCUCUCCCCACCACGGCGGCCAAACAGGGCCGCCCCUACAUCACAGUGGCCAGGCAGGGCCGCACUUGCAUCACAGUGGCCAGUCGUCGCAGCCGCAUCGCCAGUCGCAUCCGCAGCCACCGCCGCCUCAGCACCCCGGGCAGAACAGUCACCCCCACAGCGAUCUGAACUUUAACCCCUCCUCAGAUGGGCAAAUGGGUCAGGGAGCCCAGGAUAUGCCCGAACCCUCCCUGGAUCUGCUUCCAGAGCUGGCCAACCCGGACGAGUUACUGUCAUACCUGGACCCCCCCGACCUUCCCGCCAACAGCAACGACGACCUUCUCUCGCUCUUCGAGAACAACUAGCGCCUCCCGUAAAAAAAAACCUUUCUGCGCCUACGGGAGCGGUGUCGUGUUUGACUGUCCGUCCACAGACACUUCACCGAUACUCUAGUCGAACACUUCCUAUGCUCAUAUACACGCACACGCCGUCUCUCAGCAGAUAGUGUGUGUGUGGCGUGGGAGCCCGGCUGAACACAGGCACCUGAUUGGGAACUCCAAUGGAGAACGCAGGAAUGCCACUCAUCCCUGGGCUCCCCCCUUUUUUUCUUUUCUUUUUUUUCUUUCCUCCUGUAAAGAUUCCACGCACCAGUUCCACCGCCUCUGACUCGAAAAAAACACCAUUUUACAGCCAACGUUUUUGGCGGGCACUAAAAUUAUAUUAUAUAUAUAUAUAUAUACAUAUAUGAUACUUGUGACUCUUCAACUGAAAACUGUGCAGCUAUAAUCGUUCACGUGCGACAACACAGAGGAGACUGAGGAGUCUUUGUGGGCUCUGGGAAAAGUGUUGUCGCUUUGUUUUCCUGAUUUGUUUUUGUUUGUUAUUUUAAAUUAUAAUUUUCCUUUUGUGAAAAAAAAGACCUAGGGGAAUCAUUGUCUUGUAAGAGUGUUUUUAUCCUGUUUGAAAUGUGUUCUUCCAAAAUAUUGGCACAUGACAUGCCCUUUGACACACACCCCCCCACCGCCAGACUUUCCUCCGUGUGUGUGUGUGUGUGUGUGUGUGUGUGUGUGUGUGUGUGUGUGUGUGUGUGUGUGUGUGUGUGAGUGUGAGAGAGACAUUUGAAUAACUGGAAGUCAUCAGAAUCACAGCACUGAAAGGAUGAGCUGAAAUGUCCUCCAGUGUCGACAGAGGAAAAGAGCGCACACUGUGCAAUGUGCAGUAGUGUGUGUGAGGUGUGUGUGUUUACGUGUUCCCUUUUGUUUGCAUGCGAGCGUGUGAAAGAAGGCGGGAGGAGAAGGUUUGAGAGGAGGAGAACGAUUGAAAAACUGUCUCACUUCUCUCUCUCUCUCUCUCUCUCUCUCCCUCCCUCCGCCCGGCCUGCAGUUUGUAGUAGUCGUCACGUUCGCUCGUCCUCAUCGGAUCCUGCACCCGUUUGUUCACAAGUGCAUGUGUGCCAAUGGCUCCUGUUGUCUUAGUCCAGCCUAAACGUGCUUGAUCAAAUCAUUUUUUCUCUCACACGUCUUUAUAUUUAUUAUUAUUUUAUUUCUUUGUUUUUUUAAAUUUGAUUUCUUUUAACUGUUGUCCUUUUUUAAUGUGUUUAACCUUCGUCCCACUUUCAAAAAAAUGAAUCCGAUGCACGUCACCAAAGUUGUCCUACGCUUUUUGUCAGGGUUUGGGCCCUUUCAACAUCCUACAGACGUCUCACAGAACAUUUUGAAUUUCUUCGUAUUUCAUAGAAAACUUCUGUGUGAUUGAACUGACCUUUCUUUUCCUUUUUCUUUUUUGUUACUGAUGAACUGCAUCUUUUUUUGGGGGCGGAAAAAACAUCCUGCAUGAUCCAACAGUGUUUCCAGAGCUGUUGUAUAAACCCUUUGUGAAUACUUUGUGACUGUACAGUACUGUACGUACCCAUCUAUUACUGCAACUACACGGUACUGUGUGUCCGUCAAGGACUACACACACUAGCACACAUACACACACUCAUAGACACACAAAGAAUCCCGUAUAACCAACAUGUUGAUCCAAAUGCACUCUCACUGGCCUUGUAGCGAGUACAUGUGUGUUGUGUACAGUUUUCCCAUUACCCUGUAAUAUUUUAAUUAUCCAGCAAAUAAGUUGUUGUUUUAUUUCAUAUAUAUGUGUAUAUAUAUACAGUAUAUAUAUAUAUAUAUACAUGUCUAUAUAUGUGUGUAUAUAUAUAUGUGUGUGUGUAUGUAUAUAUAUGUAUAUAUCUAUAUAUAAAACAGCAUUUUUUUUCCUGUCUAAAAGAUUGCAGCUUAGAGGUCCAAAUUUCUCCAAAAAAAUAUUUGUGAAAUAUUAUUGGAACGAGUGACCUCAUCCUCUUUUAUCUUUAUUUAAAAGUGACAAUGUGCAAAAUGUCCUCUGGAUUGUUUUUUUUAAGGCCUGAUAAUGAGCUAAGCAAAAAUGUGUGAUUAUGAUCUGUGCAUUUUCGUCACAUGUUUUAUUGUUUCAAGUUUUAAGUUAUUAUUUUUAGCCCAUUGUUUUUUUCUACGACAGGUAUCAUCUGGUUCACACAGUUUUAUGCAGUACCACCAGUUGAUUUAAAAUAUACUGUUUGCUGUCAGGUAAAAGUCCCCCCCACUCGAGAUUUGUAAUCCAUUCUAGGAUGGGACGUCAGAGUUGAUCGGAUCAACUGUGUGUAACUGAGUCGAGGGAUCAGAUGUUUGUGUUUGUCUUUGUGUUUGUUGAAGACAGUGCACUGCCGCAGCGGGAGGUUUUAGUUCCCUACACAGUGUCAACUGUAACCGUAACCUUUCACCAAAUCACAUGUAACCCGAGCGACACAAAUUGUACUGUCUGAUCGCAGACUCUGGAUAUUGAGCCGAGGAUUCAAAACAGAAAAAAGAAAUGAACAUUGUAAAGUGAAAUCUGAGGGAGACCCCCCCCCACCCACCCACCCACCCACCCUCCUACCUGCAUCACAAGGAAAAGGCUGUGGCCGAGGGUUGGGGGAUGUGUAUAUAAUGUAAAUGACAAAUAGAGACACGUUAACAGAAAUGUAUUCAUUUUUCUCCAGGGGGAGUGUGCAUAGUGUAUUUAGAAAUUUGUAAAGCUUGCAUCCUCCUGUCAGACAUUGAGUUGGGAAAAAUGUGUUUGAUUGCGUCUGUGCAGACCUCUCUAACCACGCCUGUUCAUUUAUGUAAGAUACUUUAUGUGCCCCUCCACACAGGUCUCCCAGAAAAAAAAAGACAAUUUUUCUUUUGUGUAAUAUUAAACUUCUGUGUAUUUCUCUA